CCAAAACAAGUGGCGAGGGGGGCAGUUUGGCUCAGACCGUUCUCGAGGCACGUUCGCGCUGCGCCCCGCGCCGCUCUGUUCCACGACGUUCGUGAGUGUGUGAUGUGAUCGCCGUCGUCUCUGGUCGCGACGACACCGAGUGAGAGAGUGACAGUGAUGGCGUCCGACGUGUCGGUGACGGCCAAGCCGGCCAAGCCAGUGAAGCAAGUGAUACGCAAGUGCACCUUGGAUGACAACGGGUGCGUGUCGCUGCUGGAUAUCCUGCACUCGUUCAACGCGCCGAUCAAUGAGGAGCACGCCUGGGCGCUGUGCUUCCAGUGUGCCGUGUGCUUCAAGGCUGCCGUGGAGAGCGACAAGAACAAGUGUGUGCUAGUGGAUUCUGUGGAUCAAGUGUUUGUGAGCAAGGAAGGCACCGUGCACCCCAAGACGGUGCUCGGCACGCCGGAGAAUGCAGGACACCGGACGCGUAUGACAUCAGAGCAAAAGCUGGUGGAAUGCUUAGGAAUCUUCAUCUUCCAAGCCCUGGACUUCGGCUCCCAGGAGGAGGAGGAGCGGCGACUCAGCUCCGACCUGGAGCGGCUCAUCGAACACAUGACGUCGACAGAUGACGCCGGGGAAAGGUCCCAAGAGGCGGACGACGAGGGAAUCGAACGAGAUUCCGGCGAGAGUGAGAACGACGAGGACGCCCUGGCGGUAGUAAUAAAGAUGUGCAUGAGCCACCUCGGGGCGUCCAAGAGACAAGACGCCGACACCCACUACCGGGCCGUGUGCCGGGCCCUGGUGCUGGAGACGCUGGAGCUGAGCAGCUUCCUGGAGAAGGUGUCGCAAGGGACCAAAGACCUGCGGAGGGACCAGGCCAACUCAUCGACCGAUUUGGAUCAACUCAAGUUUACUGACUGGAACAACUUUAGGAUUUUCCAAGUUCUGCAAGCCCGACUGUGGGGGCAGGUGAUCCGCGAGCUGAGGCACGGCGUGCAGCUCAAGAAGGUCCACUACACGCGGACGCCCGUCGAGUUCGAGCUGACGCCGUACGAGAUCCUCAUGGACGACAUCCGGUCGCGGCGCUACACUCUGAACAAGGUGUCGCAGUCCGACAUCCCCCACACCGUCAAGAAGGACGCGCACGCCCUCAUCCUCGAGUUCAUCCGGUCGCGGCCGCCGCUCAAGAGGGCGUCCGACCGGCCGCGGCCCGAGGUGCGGCACGUCAACAAGACCCCGCGGGAGGAGCUGCUGGAGUCCAUCCUGAAGGGCAAGAAGCUGCGGCCCAUGAAGACGACGCUCAAGAAGCGAGUGGUCCCCGUGGACGCGCCCAGCUCGCCCGGCGCCGCCAAGACCCCCACCGCCUCCACCAGGCGGCUCAUCAAAGUCGACUUCUCCAAACUUCAGAUCGAGGAUGACGACCUGGACGUGGACGACGACGACCACGAGGAGGCCGCCGAGGACGCGGGCGACAGCGCGCGCCCCAACGGCUCGGCGCGCAGCAACCCCUGGCACCGGACAGCGUACGACCUGGCGACGCAGUGCCCCAGCCGGCGCUCCAUGCGCCGCCACACCAUCAUGAUCUGCGAGCCCGUGCCCGGCGUGUCGCCCGCCGUGGUCAAGGUGCCCGUGCCCCUGGACGCCUGAAAGGGACGCCCCCUGGCCACCCCCUGCGACCUUCCACCGAACGUGGUCCUGCAGGAUCCCGGGCGCUCCUGGAGCCGGAGACCUCCCUGCAUCUCUCUCCCUCUUCUCUCUCUCAAACAGUGGCAGCAGGAGUGCCUGUCGCUGACCCUGGAGGAGAUCGUCCACAUCCGGAGCGUCCUCACCAAGGCGGAACUGGAGAGCCUGCCGGUGGAGGGGCGGGUCAAAGAAGACGCGGAGAAGGGAAAGGUGUGCUUCCUGUGCAUGAAGACGCGUUUCGGCUUCUUCGGCCCUAAGGGCCAGCAGUGCCGGCUGUGCAACCGCGUCGUCUGCGCCAAGUGUCACUCCAAGAUGCGCAUCCCCACGGAGCACUUCUCGCACGUGCCCGUGGUGGCCAUCAGCCCGUCGCAGCUGGCCUCGCCGGACGACGACAAGGACUGCAAGUCGCACGACGCGGCGUCCUUCUCGCGCACCCUCAUGUCGCGCCUGCUGCAGACGGACUCGCCGCAGCGCUCCCUCAACUCGGUGGGCAGCGCGCCCUCCAGCCCCAAGCUGUCGCGCGCCGACACCACGGCCGCGGCCCAGGGCUCCCAGGGCUCCCAGGGCUCGGCGUCCGCGCUGGGGGCCUCCCCCGCCACCUCGCAGCCCAACUCGGGCCCGGGCUCCACGGCGGACUCCACGGAGGGACCCGUGUCGCUGCCCACCCUCAGCCCGGACUCCGCCAGCAGUGACAGAAGGAGCAAGUUCCUCAGAUCGAAGACGCUGGGCAGGCCGGGCAGGCCCGAGAAGGAGCGCCUCAAGGGAAUCCAGAUGAUCGUCUGCCUCGACUGCAAGUCCAUGGUGCUGCAGAUCAUCAAGUCUUCGCGCACGACGAGAACCAACACCAUCAGGAAUCUCACCCUCAACCUGUCUCCAGUGUAUUGAACGUGUGUCUGUCGGUAGGAAUUUUCUGUUGUUAGUUAAACUACUGUGAUCUCAGAUUUAUGUUGAUUAUUUUACAGUGCUGGUGUAUAUUGUCGGUUUCAUGUGUACUAAUUUGCUUCCAUGAUGGCAAAAGGCACUUCUUUUGUUUAGUUAAAGCAAAAUUUGUUCGUUGGGGGGCUGUUUGUUUCUUCUAAGGAUAAGCUCUUGCCAUGCUACUCAAUCGCCCCCACAUAUCAAAGUUAAACAAGUGAUUGGCUAAUCUGUAUCAUUAUGUUUUGAGUUGCUCUAGAUUAUCGGUUAUCAACGACUGAUGGCAGCUGCAAAAUUUUAUUUUUUUAGCUAUGCUGUAUGAUGACAUUGAUUUCGUGUUAUCUGCCAUACAAUGAACUUUUUCAACUUGAAUUUGUUUGAAUGUUAUUAGACUACAUCCAAGUGGAAAUUGAACUGUGCUGGAGUGAUUUCGUAUCUUGCAAUAUGUUUCUCAGAUACAUAAUUUUACUGUGGUUCUGAGGAUAGCAUGUGUUUUAAACAACUUGUCAGCAAGGUUAAUUUGGACUUGAACCCAUACUAUUUGGGCUGUACAAAUUGUGCCAUCAUAUUUACUGUACUUUCGCAUUUUUUUUUUUUUUGUAUCUUCUGUUCAAUAUCAUCAUUUUUAAUUGUACAUAUUGAAAAGGAUUGAUGAUUGUUAUGUUUCCCUCUCUUAUUCCCCUCUCUGCAUUUGGAGCAAUUGGACGGCGUUGCAAUACUUUUAACAGCUGUGAGGCUCAUCUCUUUUGAUUAAAAUAAGGUCAACUGACAUAGAUACUGAACAGCCCUUUGUAAUUUAUGAAAUGAUAAAAUUUAUUCAAGAUCAACUGCUGAUAAGAAUGUAUGGCUUUUAAUAGAAAUUUUGUUAUAAAUCUUUGAAUGAAAUUGCGCAUGGAAAAAUUGUACCUUGUAUUGGGUUGAGUUGAAGAAUUUGCUUAAUGUUUGAGAAUGGUAGAGAAUGACUGAAUCUUGUGUGUAAGUGAUUUUGUGGAUGUAAUUUAAGGCUAGGAACUGGUGGAACUGUAAUUAUGUCUUUUUUUUAUACCUGGCAUACUUUGUUUGUGUUAAGCAUUGCAUUGACAAUAUUUCCAGUAUAAUUUAAAAAAAAAGACCUGGAUGAAGCAAUAGCAAAGUUCUAGACCCCUUGUAAUUUCAUUUUAAAAUGCAAGCAAUUUGAAUUUCUUUUAUCACUUUGAUCUACAUUAGACUUGACAAUUAAACCGUAAUAUUAUAAAUAUCAUCAUAAAUGACAUUCUGAAAAUAUCUGCCUAACAUCAGAUAAAUUCUUUUACUUUUUAAAGAGCACUGGUUUCAAGUAUCAGCCAUAAUUUGGAACUUUCAGAGCAGCUAAUUUGUGGAAAUGGUGCUUUUAAACUAACAAACAUAAAACUCAGGUACCAAAGAAAGUCUCUCAAAGCGUAAUGCAUCAAUCAGAUAUUUGUCAGACAACGUCUGAAAAGUUACCUAUACAACAGCAUUGUAUGAGUAAGCCUCGGAUGGUUUGAAAAUUUGGGCAUGUAUGAGCAUCCAAUGCUGUCUCAUUCAUUCUUUUGAAACACUACCAGCCAUAUUGUGCUCUUGAUUAGGUUUAUCUGCAUUGACACUCUUUUUUUAUUUUCUUCACAGCAAUGAGAGUUAUUUUUGUAUAGAGAAUGCGAUGAGAGAAAUAAUUUCAACUAGGAUAGAAUGCCAUUAUUUAUUUUUAAUCUCCAGUUCCCUAUUGGCUAGUCAUACAGGCAGUGCCUGACACCCAUGCGAAUCUUUUCUUAAUAAACUACAUCUAUUAACCCCUGAGGCUGUUAAUAAAUAAUGAUAUGAAUGAUACAUACAGCUCUGAGCCUUCAGAGAUAUGACUUCUGGAGCUGUCGUGUAAACUAUUUACCAAAGACAUGUGGGUGCAUUUUGGAAGACAAUACUGUAAGGCGUAAAUGAACUAUUAACCGUGUUAAAAAUAACUAUGCCUUCUUAAAGUGCCUCUGAAUUCCAACUAAAAGACACAUUCCGUUAUUUCAUUGCCAUAAGUGUAAAAAUGUAUAAUAUGUGAAUCCAUUUACCUGUACAUAAAUAACUUCUGUGUAUUUAGAAUACCAAGAAUAAUUACAAUAAAAUGUAAUGAGAAAACAG